AUGGAAAGCAAGGCCAGGCAAAGCCGCAACCUCCAACUCAUCACCAAUGAGCUGUGGGAGGUUUGCUCACACAUCACAACCAUCAAAGCAGGCCAGCAAAGUUGCAAGCCACUGGAACUCAGCAAGUCAUAUGUGUCAACAUCUGCAAAACAGAAGGCAGCUACCCCAGCCCCUCAUAGAGAUGUCACUUUGAACCCGGGUACCCGCCUCAAAAAUCACUUUUUUUGGACACCUGCACCCGCACCCGCACCUGCCACGUCUGCCAGGGCGGGUAACCGGGUACCUGCAGGUGUGGAGGGGUCUAUGGGCCUCAUCGGUGUGGUAGUCAAAAAUAAUCGCACCAUACGGCUCAAGAACUGGACUCUACGGACAAAUUCACCCUUGGUCACCACGGACAAAUUCACCCUUGGUCACCACGGAGGCGUCACUGGAACACACCUGGAUCAACCCUUACCCAACAAUGGAUAACAUAUCACAAGGAUUUCACUCAUCACUACAUAUCACCAAUCACAAUUACAACCCUCAAGCUACAGACACCCUCAGUACAGUACAACCUCACAUUUACAUACACACUCAUUUACACACACACAUUUACAUACACACUAAUUUACAUACACACUCAUUUA